GCAUCCAGGAUCCCGCCGGACGCAGUUUCCACUCGUACCGGCGAGCGCCCGGCGGCGGCUGAGCGUCUCCUGUCGCGCAGGGGGCGGCCCGGCCGUAGGGAGAGACGGGUGGGGCCUGCCGUCCCUCCUCCAGAGCCUCCGCUCCGGCUGGACGGUCCCGCUGCAGCAAGCUUCUCUUCAGCAGACGAGCAGAGGGCGCAGCGGCCUCCGGAGGCGCGGAUGCGAGCCCCGCCCGCCGCCCCGUCACGGCCUCCGGGGCCGCACGCUUCUCUCCAGAUGGGCAGCUGUCAAAAAAAGCACAAACAAUGGAAGGAUGGAUACCAUUGCAUAUAUUAAAAGCAUGUUGAAAGGCAAAUAAGAAAGCCAGGAAUCUCAGCAUGAAUUGGUCUAGAUCUAGAUCAGAUGGUGGUGGUGAAGAAACCUCAUCUCAAGACCAGAAUCAUCAUGAAAACGAGAGAAGGUGGCAGCAAGAGCGUCUCCACAGAGAAGAAGCCUAUUAUCGGUUUAUUAAUGACCUCAAUGACGAAGAUUACCGGCUAAUGAGAGACCAUAAUCUUUUCGGCACGCCUGGAGAAAUAACAUCAGAAGAAUUACAGCAACGGUUAGAUGGAGUCAAGGAACAGCUAGCAUCUCAGCCUGACUUGAGAAAUGGGACAAACACCAGAGACUCAGGGGUCCCUCGAGAAAGUUCAAAUGAAGAUUCUCUGCUGGAAUGGCUCAACACCUUUCGUCGCACGGGAAAUGCAACUCGAAGUGGACAGAAUGGGAACCAGACUUGGAGAGCUCCCUCACUGCACCAGCUCAUGUGUGAUCUCCAGCUCUUUUCAAAUUCAUCUUCCUGCUUUCUGCGCGUCUCUCUGGAGGAGUCUCACGUGUGCUUGCAAACAAGUUCUCUCAGGUUCUGCCCAUUGUCUGUGUCUAUAACAUGAGUAACGAUCUGAUAUUGUGGCGGUCAUAUUUUAGAUCUGUCAACUCUGGAACUGCACCCAAGAAACAACUUCCUCUAAGGGUAGACUCUGAGGAUUGGGUUAUUUUCUACAGUAUUUGUGGACUAAAACAGGUAGGGCUUUGCUCCUUCAUCUGUGACAUAUUUUUUUGCUGUCUCUUUUUUUUUUUUUUCCUUUUUUUAUGAGUGGGAUUGUGUUCCUGUCUUACUGGUUGUUUGGCCUGAGGCUUCCAACACUGGAGUCUGUAGACUGUUGGGUAGAGCUGGGUCUUGGUGCUGAGAUGAGGAGAAAAUAGGCAAUCUACCUGAAAAAGAAUUCAGAGUAAUGAUAGUAAAGAUGAUCCAGAAUCUCAGAAAUAGAAUGGAAGCAUGGAUUGAGAAAAUACAAGAAAUGUUUAACAAAGAUCUAGAAAAUUAAAGAACAAACAAACAGAGAUGAACAACACAAUAACUGAAAUGAAAAAUACACCAGAAGAAUCAAUAACAGAAUAACUGAGGCAGAAGAACAAAUAGGUGAGCUGGAAGACAAAAUGGUGGAAAUAACUGCUGAGGAGCAGAAUAAAGAAAAAAAGAAUGAAAAUAAUUGAAGACAAUCUCAGAGACCUCUGGGACAACACUAAAUGCACCAACAUUCGAAUUAUAGGGGUCCCAGAAGAAGAAGAGAAAAAGAAACGGUCUGAGAAAAUACUUUAAGAGAUUAUAGUCAAAAAAUUCCCUAACAUGGGAAAGGAAAUAGUCAUCCAAGUCCAGGAAGCACACAGAGUCCCAUACAGGAUAAACCCUAGGAGAAACACACCAAGACACAUAUUAACCAAACUAACAAAAAUUAAAUUCAAAGAAAAAAUAUUAAAAGCAGCAAGGAGAAACAAAAAAUAACAUACAAAGGAAUCCCCAUAAGGUUAUCAGCUGAUUUUUCAGCAGAAACUCUGCAGGCCAGAAGGGAGUGGCAGGAUAUACUUAAAGCGAUGAAAGAGAAACACCUACAACCAAGAUUACUCUAUCCAGCAAGGAUCUCAUUCAGAUUCAACAGAGAAAUCAAAAGCUUUUCAGACAAGCAAAAGCUAAGAGAAUUCAACACCACCAAACCAGCUUUACAACAAAUGCUAAAGAAACUUCUCCAGGCAGGAAACAUAAGAGAAGAAAAAGACCCACAAAAACAAACCCAAAACAAUUAAGAAAAUGGUAAUAGGAACAUACAUAUCGAUAAUAACCUUGAAUGUAAAUGGAUUAAAUGCCCCAACCAAAAGACACAAACUGCCUGAAUGGAUACAAAAACAAGACCCAUAUAUAUGCUAUCUACAAGAGACCCACUUCAGACCUAGGGACACAUACAGACUGAAAGUGAAGGGAUGGAAAAAGAUAUUCCACGCACAUGGAAAUCAAAAGAAAGCUGGAGUAGCAAUACUCAUAUCAGAUAAAGUAGACUUUAAAAUAAAGACUGUUACAAGACAUAAGGAAGGACACUACAUAAUGAUCAAGGGACCAAUCCAAGAAGAAGGUAUAACAAUUAUAAAUGUUUAUGCACCCAACAUAGAAGCACCUCAAUACAUAAGGCAAAUGCUAACAACCAUGAAAGGGGAAAUCGACAGUAACACAAUAAUAGUAGGGGACUUUAACACCCCACUUACACCAAUGGACAGAUCAUCUAAACAGAAAAUAAAUAAGGAAACACAAGCUUUAAAUGACACAUUAGACCAGAUAUAUUUAAUUGAUAUUUAUAGAACACUCCACACAAAAGUGGCAGAAUACACUUUCUUCACAAGUGCACACGGAACAUUCUCCAGGGUAGAUCACAUCUUGUGUCACAAAUCAAGCCUCGGAAAAUUUAAGAAAAUUGAAAUCGUAUCAGUCAUCUUUUCUAACCACAAUGCUAUGAGAUUGGAAAUCAAUUACAUGAAAAAAACUCUAAAAAUCACAAAUACAUGGAGGCUAAACAGUGCGCUACUAAAUAACCAAGAGAUCACUGAAUAAAUCAAAGAAGAAAUAAAAAAAAAACACAAGUGACAACAAAAACACAACAACCCAAAACCUAUUGGAUGCAGCAAAAGAAGUUCUAAGAGGGAAGUUUAUAGCAAUUCAAUUUCACCUCAAGAAACAAGAAAAAUCUCAAAUAAACAAUCUAACCCUACACCUAGAUCAACUAGAGAAAGAAGAACAAAGAAAACCCAAAGUCAGUAAAAGGAAAGAAAUCAUAAAGAUCAAAGCAGAAGUAAAUGAAAUAGAAACAAAGAAAACAAUAGCAAAGAUCAAUAAAACUAAAAGCUUGUUCUUUGAGAAGAUAAACAAAAUUGAUAAACCCUUAGCCAGACUCAUCAAGAAAAAAAGGGAGAGGACGCAAAUCAAUAAACUUAGAAAUGAAAAAGGAGAAAUCACAACUGACACCACAGAAAUACAAAGGAUUAUAAGAGACUACUACAAACACUUAUAUGCCAGUAAAAUGGACAACCACGAAGAAAUGGACAAAUUCUUGGAAAGGUACAAUUUUCCAAGACUGAACCAGGAAGAAUUGGAAAAUAUAAACAGACCUAUCACAAGUAAUGAAAUUGAAACUGUAAUUAAAAAUCUUGCAACAAGCAAAAGUCCAGGACCAGAUGGCUUCACAAGCGAAUUCUAUCAAACAUUUAGAGAAGAGCUAACACCAAUCCUUCUCAAACUCUUCCAAAAUAUUGCAGAGGGAGAAACACUCCUAAAUUCAUUCUACGAAGCCACCAUCACCCCGACACCAAAACCAGAAAAAGAUAUCACAAAAAAAGAAAAUUAUUGACCAUUAUCACUGAUGAACAUAGAGGUGAAAAUCCUGAACAAAAUGCUAGCAAACAGAAUCCAACAACACAUUAAAAGGGUCAUGACCAAAGGGGAUUUAUCCCAGGGAUGCAAGGAUUCUUCAAUAUAUGCAAAUCAAUCAAUGGGAUACACCACAUUAACAAAUUAAGGAAUCAAAACCAUAUGAUCAUCUCAAUAAAUGCAGAAAAAGCUUUUGACAAAAUCAACACCCAUUUAUGAUAAAAACUCUCCAGAAAAUGGGCAUAGAGGGAAACUACCUCAACAUAAUAUAGGCCAUAUAUGACAAACCUACAGCAAACAUCAUACUCAAUGGUGAAAAAACUGAAAGCAUUUCCACUAAGAUCAGGAACAAGACAAGGACAUCCACUCUCGCCACUCUUAUUCAACAUAGUUUUGGAAGUCCUAGCCAUGGCAAUCAGAGAAGAAGAAGAAAUAAAAGGAAUACAAAUUGGAAAAGAAGAAGUAAAACUGUCACUGUAGAUGACAUGAUACUAUACAUAGAAAAUGCUAAAGAUGCCACCUGAAAACUACUAGAAGUAAUCAAUGAAUUUGGUAAGGUUGCAGGAUACAAAAUUAAUGCACAGAAAUCUCUGGCAUUCCUAUACACCACCAACGAAAAAUCAGAAAGAGAAAUUAAGGAAACACUCCCAUUUACCAUUGCAACAAAAAGCAUAAAAUACCUAGGAAUAAACCUGCCUAAGGAGGCGAAAGACUUGUACUCAGAAAGCUAUAAAACACUGAUGAAAGAAAUCAAAGAUGACAUAAACAGAUGGAGAAAUACACCAUGUUCUUAGAUUGGAAGAAUCAAUAUUGUGAAAAUGACUAUACUACCCAAAGUAAUCUACAGAUUCAGUGCAAUCUCUAUCAAACUACCAAUGGCAUUCUUCACAGAAUUAGAACAAAAAAUUUUACAAUUCGUAUGGAAACACAAAAGACCCCAAAUAGCCAAAGCAAUCUUGAGAAAGAAAAACAGAGUUGGAGGAAUCAGGCCCCCUGACUUCAAACUAUAUCACAAAGCUACAGUAGUCAAGACAGUAUGGUACUGUCACAAAAACAGAAAUAUAGAUCAAUGGUACAGGAUAGAAUGCCCAGAGAUAAACCCAUGCACAUAUGGUCACCUAAUUUACGAUAAAGGAGGAAAGAGCAUACAAUGGAGAGGAGACAGCCUCUUCAAUAAGUGGUGCUGGGAAAACUGGACAGCUACAUGUAAAAGAAUGAAAUUAGAACACUCCCUAACACCAUACACAAAAAUAAACUCCAGAUGGAAUAAAGAUAUAAAUGUAAGACCAGACACUAUAAAACUCUUAGAGGAAAACAUAGGAAAAACACUCUUUGACAUAAACCACAGCAAGAUCUUUUUUGACCCACCUCCUAGAGUAAUGGAAAUAAACACAAAAAUAAACAAAUGGGACCUAAUUAAACUUCAAAGCUUUUGCACAGCAAAGGAAACCAUAAACAAGACAAAAAGACAACCCUCAGAAUGGGAGAAAAUACUUGCAAAUGAAACAACAGACAAAGGAUUCAUCUCCGAAAUAUACGAGCAGCUCAUGGAGCUCAACAUCCAAAAAACAAACAAUCCAAUUUUAAAAAUGGGCACAAGAUCUAAAUAGACAUUUCACAAAGGAAGACAUACAGAUGGCCAAGAGGCACGUGAAAAGAUGCUCAACAUCACUAAUUAUUAGAGAAAUGCAAAUCAAAACUACAAUGAGGUAUCACCUCACGCCUGUCAGAAUGGCCAUUAACAAAAACA